AUGGAAUUGGAAUUGAAUCGUUGUGAUUAUGCGAUCGUUGGCCUUACUAGUUAUAAAUGUCUCGUACUUUUACCACCAUCUGCUCAAAAAUUGACACAAAAAGUAGUGGUGGCUGAUCAAGAUGGUGUUUUAAGUAUUUUCUCGAUAAAAAAGGGGGAAACUGAAACGGUUUUUAAAACGUCUCCCGGUCCGAAAAUAACGAGGGUAGCUUUGGGUGGUACCGUUAAUACUCCUCAGGAUAAAAUAUUUUUUUCUUGUGAUAGCGAAGUUAAAGGUUUCACCAAGAAAGGAAAACAGUUUCUUGAAUUUGAGACGAACCUAACCGAAUUAGUUAAAACAAUGUGCGUAAUCGAUAACAAUUUAUUUGUAACUGGUCAACAUUGUUUGUAUCAUUAUUUAGAUCUUAAAGAUGUAAAUAGUUUUAUUUGCAAUGAAGUUAUUAUCGAUUUAAUUGUUCUUUCUACAAAAAAAAAUGUUUUAAUGCCUAUUCUGGCAUGCAGUGAUAGAGUAAUAAGAGUUUUAGAAGAAUCAAACGUAUUAUAUUCAGUACCUAUAGCGAGUACUCCAACUGUCCUUCAUAAAUUUUACAAAAGUAAAAACGAUGAAGAACAAAUAAUUUAUGGAACAGAAGAUGGCGGCGUUGGACUUUUACUAAUUGGCAGAGAUCUUAAAAAUUUUUGGUUACUUGAGCCAAACAAUCAAAAAGGUCAAGUCACAUGUUUAGAUGUUUAUGAUUUGACUAAUGAUGGAUAUUUCGAACUAAUUGUUGGAAGAGAUGAUGGAUUUGUUGAAGUUUAUAAACUAAGUUCUGAUAAUGAACAACCAAAAUUAAUCUUUUCCUACACAUGCAAUGAAACCGUUACUGCUUUAGUUUGUGGAAAAUUAAAAAAUAAUGAAGUACCUGAAAUUGUUGUUUCUACAUACUCAGGAUGGAUAUUUGGUCUUUCUACGGAUUCAGGUUCAAAAGACCUUACUUUAAGUGUUGAUUCAAAUAAUUUAAAGGUUUUACCAGAAGUAAAGUUAAAAAUUAACAAACUGAGAGCGGAAAUAGACGAAUUAGAAGAAAAAAUAAAUGCGGAAAGAGAUAAAUAUCAAUUGGCAGCUGAAAAUAAUGAAAAUGCUUUAUCAACAUUGCCUUCCGUUGCAAUUAAUGAUAAGUGGUGUUUAAGAAGAGAGGAUGCUUCUUACACGUUAAGCAUAGAAGUUCAAACAUCCAUUGAUAAUGUGCUCGUUCAAAGCGACGUACCUUUAGACUUAUUGGAUAUAGAAAAAAAUUCAGCUGUUGUCAGUUUCAGCGAUUGCAGUCCAUCGGAUGGAAACUUUUUAUUGGCAACUUACCGUUGUCAAGUUAACACGACUCGUUUGGAUUUAAAAAUCCGUACGAUAGAAGGACAGUAUGGAACUUUACUAACGUACGUAACACCGAACGUUCAACCCAAAUGUUGUCAGCUUCGCAGUUACAAAAUCAAACCGCUUUCCCUGCAUUCACGAAUACACGCCAUAGACGCUAAAAGACCCUAUAAUCGUUUAGCAUUUAAAGGUGGAUUUAGUUUUGCCGAAAUUCAUGCUUGGAUUGAAUUUUGUUUGCCUGAAGUUCCUUAUAAAACUCCCCCCGAAGAUACGGUGGUUUUAUGUUUCACUUCGACCUUCUUGGGUACCAUGCUACAAUGUACAUACUCAAAAGGAGAAGCAGAAUUUAAAUCGGACAAUAUCUCAACGAUUUCUAUUUUAAAGGAUGUCAUUUCGAAAGUUGCAAGCAGGAAUGAUAAAAAAAAACGUAAUCUUGAUAUCACGUGGGAAAUAAAUGAAGAAAGUAUUAAACAUACUCUAGAUUUGAUUCGUCCUAAAUUAGAGCAUCAACUUUCUUUGGUGAAUAAAAUGAAAAUAUUAGAAUCAAUGUCGGAAUUAGAUUUAAAUCCAAUUAAAUCGGGAGAAAUAUUAUUAACGGAUGAAUUUACAGAAAUAAUAAAUAAAGAAAAAGAAAUUAUUAACGAAUAUAAAAUGCAACCGGCAUAUUUAGACAGAUUAUACGGUAUGGUUACUGACUUAUUCAUUGAUAAAAACAAAUUUAAAGGGAUUAAUGUUAAAAAUAAAAUUCCGACACUUUUGGAAAUUUUAGAUAAUGAUAAUUAUUCAUAUGAAAAACUUUACGAUUUUUUUUAUCAGUAA